UGUUAACACGCAAAACAUGCAAAAACGGCAAAAACAUGGACGCGUACGCGAGUUUUUUCGUUAUAAUUGUGCUGAAAUUUCUUUAAAAUUACCUGUUUGUUUGUUAAAAUAAAAGUGUCUUGAAGCAGAAUGAACAAUCCUAAACCAGCUGGCAAUCAGUCUGCCGGGGAAACAUCUCGGGGCACGAUAUUUGAUGCUACAAGUUACUCGAUCAACGAUCGGUCCCGGACUAGCGAAAAUGCAUUCGACGAUAGCGAGUUCUGCGACGAAAGUGUCCUGCAGCUGUUGGACAAACCUUUCUCGCAGCUGGUGGAUGGGAUGCAGUUGCGUAAAAAUGACCGGUACCAGGGAUUCGACAAUAAUGCCGGGGACAGUUGGAUCUAUCCGACGAAUUAUCCUGUGAGGAAGUAUCAGUUUACCAUUACCCAGGCGGCUUUGUUCAAAAAUACUCUGGUUGUUUUGCCUACCGGAUUGGGAAAAACCUUUAUCGCAGCGGUUGUGAUGUACAAUCUGUACCGGUGGUAUCCAACCGGGAAGGUUAUCUUCAUGGCACCGACUAGACCGCUGGUAAAUCAGCAGAUCGAAGCAUGCUACAAGAUCAUGGGUAUUCCCAAGGAAGAUACCGCCGAAAUGACGGGGAAACAGCUGAGGAAGAACCGCUCCGAGCUGUGGCAAAGUAAACGGGUGUUCUAUGUUACACCACAGGUCGUUUUAGCGGAUAUCAAUUCUCCGGAACAAAACUUCCCCACCGAUAGUAUCAAACUGGUAGUGAUCGAUGAGGCCCACAAAGCUAAAGGUCGAUACGCUUACACCGAGGUCAUUAAAGCAAUAUCGGCUACCAAUAAGCAGUUUCGUGUGCUAGCCUUGUCAGCAACACCGGGCCGUACCUUGGAGGAUGUGGCCGAGGUUCUACGAAAUCUGCUAAUAUCACACAUCGAAGUUCGAUGGGAAAAUUCGAUCGAUGUUUCGCCUUACACAUUUAAAAAGAACAUUCGAACCGUCGUCAUACCACUUGGCCCCACACUUAGUCAGAUUCGUGAUCGAUACAUUGAACUUAUCGAUCCCUACGUAAGGCGGCUUAUGGAUGCGAACGUCAUUAGCGGUCAUACAAGGAAUUUGAGCAGCGGUUGGCUGGUCAUGGAACAGAAGCGCUUCCGGGAAGCGUGUCUGAUUCAGCGACACCCAAACUAUACCGCCAUAAAUUCGGAUUUCAGCGCCGGCAUGAGCAUGUAUCACGCCAUGGAGCUGCUGGUUCGUCACGGAGUUCGAGCGUUCUUGAACUUUUUCGAAGACGACAGUGGCAGCAAACCGGAAGAGAAGUUCUUCGUAGCUAAAGACAUUCGAUUGAAAGCUUUCCUGGAUGAGCUGCGAGAAGAGUACGGUCGCAAUCCACUGGCAAUUUUCAACAACGUUGGAGCUCCGAUGCCAAAUGGGGUCGUUCCUCGUAUAAGCGCGGACGAAAAGAUUGAUUUCGGACAUCCGAAGUUUGCCAUCCUGGAGCGACAUUUGCGGGAACAUUUCGAAAACCAUCCGGACUCGAAGGUGAUUGUUUUUUGCGAGUUUCGCGAUUCGGUUGCGAUGAUCCAUCGGCUGUUGCUGCAGAAUCGGCCACUGGUGAAGCCGAAGUGCAUUGUGGGCCAAGGUGGAACGGCCGGUGGUUUACGAGCCGUAACGCAGAAGGAACAGAUAGCGGCAAUGCGGGAUUUCCGAGCUGGCCUGUGCAACACGUUGAUUGCGACCUGCGUGGCCGAGGAAGGAAUCGACGUGGGCGAGGUGGAUUUGAUAGUGUGCUUCGACAUAACGAAGAAUCCCACCCGAUUUGUGCAACGGAUUGGCCGAACCGGUCGACAGCGGGUAGGCCGGGUGCUUAUGCUGGUUACCGAGGGUAAGGAACACGAAACGUUGAAGGAGGUGCUGGCCUCCAAGGACAAAACCAACCAAAAGUUGUCUAGGAGUAAGGAAAUUCUAAGUGUCCUAUAUCGUAACUCUCCGAGGCUGGUUCCAACGGAAUUCAAUCCUAAGUGCGUAGAAACGUUCAUCAAGAUACCGGAGGAAAAGGAAGUGGCUCCAGAGACUGGGAAAAGGGGGCGUCGAAAACGAAAAAACUCGGAAGCUGAAGAAGGGGAAGAAGAGAAUGAAGAAAUACCCACUAGAACCACUCGCAAAAGUAAAAGGAAACAAGCGGAUCCUAAAUUGACGCAGGAUGUGAGGAACUUUUUCCGCAAGGUAGAAACUGAUUUGGAUGUAAGUGAGCGGGAUGUGUUCACGAGUCCAGGUAGAAAGGAUUCCUCGCAUGAAAAUUCCUCAUUUCUCAAUGGUUCUCGUGAGAAACACAAGGCACCCCAGGAUACUUCUUUAAGAUUGGGUAAAACAGAACAAGAACAGGAAUUAGAGAAACUCGUGAAGCCCUUGUUGAGGCACAGAGGUCGUUUGGAAAGAGGGCAGUUUUUGAAAGCACGGAAAUCGUUGGUAUUACGAGAGGAAAAAGUAAAGAAAUCAAUCCUGUGCCCAAAUCCUUUAAAGAAAAUGUUCUUCGAAGCCAAUAUAACUCAUCUUAAAGAUCUGGUUGAGAAAAGCGAGAUUCUUCAGGUUGCUUUGGGAGACAGCGAAGAUUUGAUACUGUUGGACGAUCGCGGAGAAUGUGUUCGAUCCGAGCUGCAAGAGGUAGAAAACGUUUUUGGCGGAAGAAAUGCUCUCAAGAACAGAGUUACUGAAAUUGAAGAGAUGGUCAAUGUUACGGAAAAUAAUUUCCCUAAGAAAAUUUCCAAAAUUUCAGAUCAACCAGUCAACGAAGAACAAAUUGCGAAAUUUAAUGAUAUAUUUAAAAGGUUCUCAACGCACAAAUUGACUCGUAACGCGAAGGACGUCUCGACUGCAAGAAAUCCUACUCCAACUCCACCAGAAACACAUGAGCCAGUUGACCCCAGUGUAUCAAAUCUGUUUGAGUCACAGCUUUAUCUUCCAGCUAUAAUGGAGCCACAGGAAGCUAGUUUUCAUCCCUUAAAUCUCGACACUUCUCCAAUACGAAAAUUACCUUUUGAAAAUACUCCCAUCAACAAUAAACCGAAAUCAAGAGCCGCGACCCUAGCCAAAUACGAAAAGAAAACACCAGCCAACUACUCCAACAGUCCCCUGUUGAGAGCCUUCAACAGAUCGAUCCAGAAAGCCAAAUACUCUUCGCCAAUGGUUGCCAACGGCGGUAAUCCGAAGUCGGAUGUCGGGUUUCGAAUGGUUCUGGAGUACUUUGGACUGGAAACGUUGAACAACAUUUUCGAAGAACCUUCGCAGCAACCAGUCGGCGGAAACAAAUUUCUCAAUCGAUUGGAAGCUCUGAUAGAGGAAGAUGUUGAAGGUUUGGAGCGGUCGUUAACCGAGCAUAUUCCUGAGUUGAGCAAAAGUCUGUUCGACCCCAAAGAGUUGGUACUGGAGAGCCAGGAAGCGGAAUUUCUGGCUAAGGAUUUCAGUCAGUCUAUAGAGAUAAAUAAGGAACCAGAAGCUCCAAAACCUAGCUUGGAUUCUACCGUUCGAAGGGAAAUGGAACUUUUGGAAGCCGACUUCAUAGAUGGCACUUUCUCGUUAACUAUGGAGAAAAGUCCUAAACAAGUGGCUACAAAAUCUGCAGCGACAGAAGAAAUUCCUAUCGAAGAUUUUCUGCGAGAAAAUUUCGACGACGAUGAAUCCCCCGUUAAACCUACUAUCGAACCUGUUCCCAGCAGUGAGCUGUUUCCUCUGAGCAAUACCAGCACUCGGCAGAAGCAGCUGAACCUAGAUAUCGGCGAGUGUUUGCAGGACUUAUUGGAGGAUGAGCCUCCAAAGGAGAAUGAAACCGAAAGCGAGGAAGUGAUCCCCAACUCACAGGAAAAUGCACAAUCCGUUCGGGUGAGCCAAUUCAAGAGUCUAAAAACUCUCCAUGUUGGAAAUCUUCAAGAUCUGCUGGCAGAUAGUGAAGACGAUCUUUUCGGGGACAGUGAAGAGUGCAAACCCGAUGUUCAAGCAAAACCAAUAGACAAUAGUGAUAGUGACAAAACUGUUGAUUACAACCUAAACGAGCAUGUACUCACGAGUUCGGCUUCACAAAAGGAGAAUGUUCCGAUACAAAUUAACAAACUGGGUACUCCAAAAUCCAAUAAAGAAGCGCUUCCAUCGCCCAAGUGCCCCGAUAAGUCACCGUCUCUUCUUCGAAAGAAGCUCAACUUUACGCGCUUACGGCUCAACCGAGCAAACGCCGACACAAUGGAGAUAAACUCCGCUCCAGUGGAACGAAUCUCCUCAAAUGGAGGUUCCGCGGCGGCAGUUCAGUCUCCGUUUUUCGCUUCCUGUCGGCCGGCCGAAAAUGCUCGCAGCUUUCUGGAUGACACGGCGAUCAUCGCUCCACGCGCCAAACGUAAAGCGGUCAUCGAAAGUGACUCGGAGGAGGAGGAUCGGCCGGUUCUAUCUAAGCCAACAAUGGAGAGCAGCGAAGAGGAAGAUGAAGCUUUUCAAACGGCGCGUACGAGUAUCGUCACAUCUAAAAUGGGACCACCGAAAAUGUUGGCUCCAUCAUCAAAACGUAUUGGCAGCGGUGACGCGAUUUCCCAUAGAAAGAAACGACGGAAACAUUGUGACUUUUUCCUCAGUCAAGUGGAAGUCUCGGACGAUGAUGAGGAAGAAGACGACUUCGAGGAGGAUGAGUUGUCCCACAUGGUCGACGAUUCCAUCGUUUUUCACGGGCACGUCGAAGAUGACUCGAACGUGGACAUGCGGGCGAAAUAUUUGCAAUCCGUGAGGAGUCCCGUUCACCAAGGUCGGUUCAAAAUUCCGGCUGCUCCAACUCGCUUCCUCAAUACCUUAGACAUCUAUUCGCAGCCAAGUGACCGUUACGAACAGCAGGGCUCAAAUUACGAAGAGUGUUCGUUCGUGGUGCCGGAAGAUGAAAUCGAAUCCCAGGAAGAUGGUUCCGAAUCGGACGAAUUGGAGCGAGCGGAACGUAUUUUGCGAGAAAGGAGGCGGGCCAAAAAGCUAGGGUUGGACGUUGAAGCUGCUGCUAAAAAGCGUCGACGGAAAAUCGUUUCCCUCGCCAACAGUGACCAGUCCAGCAGUUCGGAUUCCGAAGGUGAAGAAAUGAAAGCCUUCCGGAAGCGAAUUCGUUCCAUGCCCGAUUGAGAGGGGCGUGGUCGUUUCGUAAAGGUAUGUUUUGUACAUUUUUGUUGCUUAAUGCUCGUUUUUUUUUAUUAAAAUUUGGAUGACGCAUUAAACUGGAA